GGCUGUUGCUCCCACCCCAGCUGAAGUUACAACUUUGCCUUGGUAGCAAUUCUGUUCUGUCUUAUGUUUAAAGAAGAAAAAAGAAGAAAUAGCACAUGUAUUUGAGAAGCAAUGGCCCUAUCAUGUUUACCUCCUUACCCGUUCUUGUCCACGGAGGGCUGUGUUUUUGGGUUUUUUGAGGCCGGUCUUGGGAUCUCAUCAGGUGGUUGGUGUCAACUAGAUCCCCUCCCUCAGCCUCUUGAGUUCUGUGCUGCUAAGAAUCCAACCAACAGCCUCACCGAAUAGAGGAGGUAGAGGUUUUCGCUGCGGGUGCAACUGCCAGAUCUCCCACUAAGGCAGCCAACUGUGAGAGAGAUUUUGGCAAUGUGUUCGUUUAAAAAAGACUAGUUAGCAGGGCAGCUCACCCCAGGUUCUGGUCCCAAGCUUCAGCAGGGAAAAGGCAUCAGGGAUAGAGGUGCCUGUUGGUUUCACAGCUCUAAUCUAUCUGCUGGUUGGACAGUAAAAUCUUGUGGAAGCUAAAUCCAACUGGGGACUAAGCUUUCUAUUUAGACUAGAAAGCUUUGGGAUGAUUCCUUGCCAGCCAGAAGAGGUUCUUCAGUGCCAUCAGAAGUGGCAGCCUGGAUGGACAGGAAGGGAGGUUUCUCUUCUCAAUUCCAAAGAAACAUGAUUUUAUGGAGUGACGGCCCAGGACGUCAGGCCUUCGUUGUGGGGCAAAGAGGACAGGGAGCCAUUUGAUGUAGUCAAUCUGUUAUCUGGCCACUUCUGUCAACCUUGAGUUUCCUAGUGGAGAGGUGGGGAUGUCUCCUACAGCAGCAGCCUUGCCUUAAUUUACACCCUGUCUCCCACCUACAUGUGUGUUUGACCUGUAGUGUAGAUGAGAAGACCCUGUGAGGUGGAGUGAUGGACUGGGAGUCCUUCAGGAUUAAAGGGACCGAGUGACUGGUGGUGUGUGGUGGGAUGCAUCUCUGGCCCAGUUGGGUAACCUGUUGUUUACUUUGUGCAGCUGGGCAGCAGCUUUGGCCGCUGACUUUUGACCUGCUGGAAUUUAUCCUGAUCUGUCUUCGCAUUGCCACCAGGGGGCUCUAUUCGUUGGCCCCUAGUUCAGGCCCUCCCUAGGUGUCUGGGAAACAUUUCUGCCCAGCCCAAGCUGUUUUGUUCUUAGUUGACUUUUGAGGGGGUCUUGCCCAAAGAAGGCUUGAGUGAGAGGGCCCUUUGUUUCGCGUCCUCACUGGCUCACCUCAGUACCUCAUACUACCUCACCACCCAGGCGUGCUCUGGGAGCCCCUGCCUGGGCCCUGACACUGCCCCUUGUGGGACUCAGCAGCACCCCAGGCUGUUUCACAAGCAAGUGGUUUUAAUGAACUCACAAAGCCUUUUUUGACAUUAAUAUUUAUUUAUUUUAAUUUUUGUAUGCAUAUUACCCAGCAUCUCUUUUGGAUAAGAGACUUCAGGAAAAUGAGUUUCUCUCCAGCAAGGAGCCAUGUUCCAGGGGACAGUUCUGGCCAGAGUUUUGGGAAAUAGGCCAGAACUGGGAGAGAACGUGUCACGCCUUUAAAUAAACAAAUUCUCUUUUUUCUCUCCAGAUAGGCUCUUCCAGAAUAAACCCAGAGAACCUCUCAGGCAAUGGAUAUACGCUCUAGGAAGUCGGGGCUUGUGGAAUUCCUAGGCUUUUCAUCCUCCUUCCAUGCUGUGACGGGGGAGAUUGGGGCCUGGGCUGAGGGGAUCCAGUCACAUGAAGGACCUUUUUGCACAUUUUUUCAUUGCUCCUAAACGCGGAAAGCUGCAUUAAGAUAUAUAGGCAAACCGAAGCUCUGUCUUUGGUGGACCUGCUGCCUCUCUCCCCAGCCCUAAGCUCAUAAAGCCUCUGAGUUGGAGUGCAUGGCUCUCUGGUGGGGUGGCCGGUACAUGAAGGGACUUGUACGAGUGGCACCUUCAUCUAAACCCAGCUUGUUGAAUCUUCCUCAGACCUAUUUGUCAGGAAAGCAGCGCUGAGACUUUUCAUCCCUGACUGGCUUCUCUCUUUCCCACACUGACCAUUAGAAAUUUAAGAAGGAAAAUAUGUAAAAGAUGACCGUCAAGUGUCUGCUAAGCUUUUCAAGCCUGAGUGAUCCCUCCCAGGCUGUUGGUAAGGACUAAUUUUUUUUAAGUAUUUUUUAAAAGAUUUUAUUUAUUCAUUUUUAGACAGAGGGGAAGAGGAGAAAGAGAGGGAGAGAAACAUCACUGUUACCUCUUGAGUGUCCUGUAUUGGGGACCUGGCCCGCAACCCAGGCAUGUGCCCUGACUGGGAAUCAAACUGGCGACCCUUUGGUUCGCAGCCUGCACUCAGUCCCCUGAGCUGCAUCAGUCAGGUCAGGACUGAUUUUUUAAAUGACCAGAUUUGAGAGAGGUAGUACUGGAACCUAGCCAGGGUUAAGGUGCUGGAGAAACCCUUUUCCUUAACAGAGGGCAUGCUGGGUAGUCUGUAUAUUUAACCUGAAACUGUGAAGUAUUCCCUUUUUGCCAGUAAACCAAAAAGCAAAUCCUUGAAACUUUGCCCUGAAACACUAAACAAAAAAACUGCACCCCCGAUCCUCCUGAGGCCAAGAGGCUGAUCGGGUGGUCCGGCCGGUCACAGUCAGAUGUGGAAGCAGGGUCAGCGGCCUGUGAGGCUCCUUGACCAGACCCUGCUCCUCCGUGUGUCCCGUGUUCACACCCAAACUUCUCUCUCUUUGGGAUCAUGUUUGCUGCCUCUGCCUCUGGGUCACCCCGUACUGAACUGUUUUACUUGAAACACUGCAUUGUGACAAAGGGCACUCCAGGAUACCUAGUGGAAGGUGUUGAUUUUAUUUUGAGUUUUUUAUUUUGUCAACGUCUGUUCAUUUGGUGUUGCUGCACCCUCUGCCCUGGAACCCAGUUUAGCGCUGUCUCCUGCUGUACUGUUCCAAGAUCCAGUUUGACCCUUGAAUGUCUUUUCUUCUUUUUCCUCCGUUCUCUUGUUCUAUACUCCGGCUGGCUACAUAAUUGGCAGAGCCCUUUGUUUAAAAAUUACUAAGCAUUUCAAGAUGGCAAUUAUAGAACAUUAAACCAAGCAUGAGGGUGUUCUCAACCUGUUUCCUAAGGGAAGAGGGUGGCACUCUCGUGGCAACACCAGGACACAGAGCAGAGGCUGCUCGUGCCCAGAGGGGGUCCUGUCCCGGCUCCUCUGUGUCCCCCAGUGGCUGUCACAGCAUCUGCUGGGAAGCCCAGCUGUAUCCUCAUGUUUGGUUCUGAAUUUUCAGACUCCAUGGAGUCUAUAGUUCAAGGUCAGUUGGGAAGAAAGGAGGUGGGGAUGGGGCUCUGGCCCAGGUGACCCCUAAGAACCAGAAAAUGGGUAACAGUUCAUCUUUGCCUCUGCUGACCUGUCAUCACCCCGUUGUCUCUGGGACAAGCCUUUGGGCUUAAAUACCUCCUCCCCAGUCGGGUUUUGCUACUGAUGGUUUUUCUUCCCCUUCUGGCCUCCUGCUGUGCCCUGUUUUCGCAGGCUGCACAGCUGUGGAAGUGAAUUUCAGUCCCUUUGUAGGUGGACACUGAUGUUACUGGCAUGAGAGUGGGCUGUGUGGAGCGGUCUGAGCCCGUCUGGGAGUCGCUGCACGCCCUCUCUCCUAAACUGUGCACUGGCCGAGUCGGGAAGUGGGGCACCCAGCGCUCAUGUUGGUGUGGUUGCUCGUCGUAAACUUGACAUCAGGAUGGAAAUGAAGCUGUUUGGAUUUCAGUGUUUCUUUGACACCCCUUCCCUCUCCAGUCCACCCGCCCCUCCGACUCCACUAGCUAAAGUCUCUCACGGAAUGGAGAAGAGCCGUCGCUGUCUGACUCCUUCCAUUAAAUUCAUAAGUACUGACCUCCUAAUAUUUAAGUGUUUACUAUCUAUUGCUGUAAAGUUUUGUAUAUUUUGUAAACUUUUUUUCCCAAAUAGUAGAUGUCUAAAAUCGUUGUACAUCUGAUUCUUUUAUAUUCCAUUGUUCGGCACAAAGUGUGGUUUUUAUUUAGAAUAAAAAAAGGAAAUUGGAAAUGGGAGUUCUUUUCCUUUCACUGUAGUCUUGCGAGUCCCUGAGUUCAGAGCGUCUGGGCCGUGGCCCGUGCAGUAGCGGCGCUCAGCUCUGUGGGGACCUUUAGGUAGCAAGCACACUUUCCUGUAGCUGGAGUUCCCCAGGGUUAACUCAAUGUCCUGUUUUUAGUGGGAAAUUAAGUAAAUGAUUCUACCUUUUUGGGGAGGACAUGUCUGAGGGGGUCUUCUGUUAGUAGAGAGAGCAAAGUGGAACUCUACUAAUGUCUAGUUGGCUUUGGGAUUUGGCCACAGAUUGUCUUGCCAGUGUUAUGAAACUCACUGCAAUGUGGCACAUUGGGGCAGGGAGGGGCGGGUCAAACAGAGGCAGAGGUUUGGCAUCUUUUCUGGAGGCUGAGAACAAAUGUGCCUCCACAGAGAAGGAGACAAGCCUCCUGAAGUCAAGGUCCUCCUGACUGCACACGGGCUACCUUCGUGUUUCACUUUUGCCUGCCUGCCUAUCCCCUGCAAAGCCAUGUGGCUGUACCUGGCGGCUCUCGUGGGCUUGUACUACCUUCUUCGCUGGUACCGGGAAAGACAGGUGGUGAGCCACCUCCAAGACAAGUAUGUCUUCAUCACGGGCUGUGACUCAGGCUUCGGGAACCUACUGGCCAGGCAGCUGGACCUGCGAGGCUUGAAGGUACUGGCCGCAUGUCUGACAAAGAAGGGGGCUGAGCAGCUGAGGAGCCAGGCGUCAGACAGGCUGGCGACAGUGAUCCUGGACAUCACCAAGACAGAGAGCAUUGCUGCAGCCACCCAGUGGGUAAAGGAGCAUGUAGGGGACAGAGGACUCUGGGGCCUGGUGAAUAAUGCUGGCAUCUCCACGCCCACGGCACCCAACGAGUGGCUGACCAAACAGGACUUCAUAAAAAUUCUCGAUGUGAACCUGUUGGGGAUGAUCGAGGUGACCCUGAGCCUGCUUCCCCUGGUGAGGAAGGCAAGAGGCCGUGUGGUCAACGUCUCCAGCAUCAUGGGUCGUGUGUCCAUGUAUGGUGGGGGCUACUGCAUCUCCAAGUAUGGUGUUGAGGCCUUCUCGGACUCCCUCAGGAGGGAACUCUCCCACUUUGCAGUGAAAGUGGCAAUCAUCGAGCCCGGUUACUUCAAGACUGCUUUGUCAAAUCCUGAGAUGAUUUCUAGGGGCUUCCAGGAGGCAUGGGAUCGGGCCAGCCCAGAGGUGAAGGAGAUCUAUGGAGAGAAGUUCCUGGGGGCCUGUGUGAAAUCAAUGGAAUUGUUGGAAAAAAUGUGCACGAAGGACCUGUCCUUGGUGACGGACUGCAUGGAACAUGCCCUGAUCGCCUGCCAUCCCCGCACCCGAUACUCAUGUGGCUGGGACUGCAAGCUCGUCUACCUUCCCAUGAGCUACAUGCCCACUUUCCUGGCGGAUGCCAUCGUCUACUGGAACAGACCAAGGCCCAUUAAGGCUCUGUGAUUCAUAACUGUGGUGCAUAGCACUGAGGAGCAGAAAAAUGAUCAUCCCUGCCAUCCAGUGACUAAACGUGUUUGCAAGCCCUGACACCCUGCAGCCACAGAAUUCCUAUUUCUUUUCCUGCACGCUUUUCUGUAUCCCAUGUAUGAUGCUGUUGUUCACUCAAUAAAAUAAACUUAAUCAUAAUGUAAGUUGGAACCACAUACCUGUUCUCACUAUAGGGUCACAGCACAAUGUUGCUCUCUUACCCGCACUGUGCCCAGGACUCUGGGGCCUGGUGAAUAACACUGGUAUCUCCAUGCCCACACACCCUAUGAUAGGCUCAUAAAACAGGACUUCAUUAAGAUACUCAGUGUGAACCUGUUGGGAGUGACCCCGAGUCUGCUGCCCCUGGUGAGGAAGGCAAGAGGCCAUGUGGUCAACGUCUCCAGCAUCUUGGGUCAUGUGUCCUUGUAUGGCGGGGGCUAUUGCAUCUCCAAGUACAGUGCUGAGGCCUUCUCGGACUCCCUCAGGUACUGGGCUGGGACAGAGGCCCCCCCAACUCGGUCCUCCUGCUUCUGUGCUUCUGGUGGGGACUUUUCCAGUAAGUUCACUUCACACAGCAUCAGAGGUUCUUCCUUUCAGAUUCCUCUCUUGCUUUGUGCCAGGCAUUCAUUAGGAAGCACCUUUUUAGCUUUUGGGAGUCAAAAUGGGUCUCAGGUCUAUAAAAUUUGAUUUAAUCCCUUCAUGCCCUGGAGGAAGGCCCACAGUAGUAAAGUGGCUGAGGCAGAAUUGGAAUCCAGAUAACUUGGCUAUUGAGCCCAGCUCCUUAACCCUAUGUCAUUUAGUUUCUGGAAGCCCCCGAGCUCAGGGCAGGGUAUUUGACUCAAUUCUACAUGUAUUUCUGGGUACUUCUGUGAGUACACAAUUAAUGUCUGAGGAUAACAAGGUUUGUUACUUGAAACACAAACUCUUUACUGCUGUGAAAGGAACAAGAGAUAUAGAAAUGGUAUGGCCAUUUCUUGUGCUGUAGUGGCUGGCCAUGUUAGCCAUGGUGGCUGAGGUAGCCAGUGGAAUGAGGGGAGGAUUUGGAGAGAGGUCUGAGCUGAGGACUGAAGAACUGAACUUGUGCUUCUGACCAAGAUGGGGCUGUAGAUAGACACACUGUGCCUCCUCACAGAACCAAAAGAAGGACAACAACAAAUUUAAAAAUAAAAAAUAACCAGAACUGCCAGAAAAUCAAACUGUAUGGAAGUUCGACAACCAAGGAGUUGAAGAAACAUUCAUCCAGACUGGUGCACCAAGACAAAAAAAUAUGGCCCAAAUAAGAGAUCAGAUCAAAGCUCCAAGAAUAGAACUAAUCAAUAAAGAGAUAGCCAUUUUAUCAGAUGGAGGGUUCAGAACACUGGUAAUCAGGAUGCUCACAGACAUGAUUGAAUACUGUCACAAAAUACAGAAAGAAAUAAAGUCUAUGAAAAGUGAAAUAAAGGAAAAUGUACAGGUAACCAACAGUGAUGGGAAGGAAACCAGGAUUCAAAUAAAUGAUUCAGAGCAGAAGGAAGAUAUAAACAUUCAACUGGAAUGGAAUGAAGAAACGAGUUAAAAAAAUGAGAAGAGGCUUAGGAACCUCUGGGACAACUUUAAACAUUACAACAUCCAAAUCAUAGCAGGGCCAGAGGAAGCAGAUGACCAAGAAAUUGAAAACUUAUUUGAAAAACUAAUGUAGAACUUCCCUAAUCUGACAAAGGAUAUAAACUUCCAGGAAGUCCAAGAAGCUCAGAGAGUCCCAAACAAAUUGGACCCAAGGAAGCACAGACCAAGGCACAUUAUAAUUACAUUAGUCGAGAUGAAAGAUAAGGAAUCCUAAAAGCAGCAAGAGAAAACGAGACACUUACCUACAAAGAAGUUCCCAUUUGAUUGUCAGCUGACCUCAUUGGAAAUCUUGCAGGCAAGAAGGAGCUGGAAAGAAGUAUUCAAAGUCAUGAGCCCUGGCUGUUGUGGCUCAGUGGAUUGAGCACCAGCCUUUGAACCAAAGGGUUGCCUGUUUGAUUCCCAGUCAAGGCACAUGCCUGGGUUGUGAACCAGGUCAGGUCCCCAGUAGGGGGCACAUGAGAAGCAACCACACAUUGAUGUUUCUCUCUUUCUCUUCCUCCCUUCCUACCCCUCUGCCUAAAAUAAGGGCAGUUAAAUUGCUUCCCAGAUAAGAUUAAGUUCAAGGAGUUCAUCAUCACCAAGCCCUUAUUAAAAGAAAGGUUAAAAUGACUUAUCUAAGAAAAAGAAGAAGAUAAAAAAUACAAACUGUAAAACAACAAACUCACAACUAUCAACUGAACCUAAAACAAACCAAGCAAACAACUAGAACAGGAACAGAGUCACAGAAAUAUAGAUCACAUGGAUGGUUAUCAGUGGGGACAGGGGAGGGGGGGAAAAGGUACAGGGAAUAAGAAGCAUAAACUGGUAGGUACAAAAUAGACAGGGGGAGGUUUGAAUAGUAUGGGAAAUGG